AUGCCGAAAUUCUUCUGCGACUACUGCGAUGUCUACCUCACGCAUGACUCCAUGUCUGUCCGCCGGGCGCACAACAGCGGAAAGAACCAUCUGCGCAAUGUAGUCGACUACUAUCAACAAAUCGGACAUGAAAAGGCGCAGAGCGUCAUAGACUCCAUCACAGCCUCCUACACGGCCGAGGGCCAAGCGCAUGCGAACCCUAUGCUCCCUCAGAACCAACCUGGCCAUGGCUUUCCUCCACCAUCAUUAGGCUUUCCCGUUGGUGGUCCGCCGCCUCCUUUCCCUGCUCCCGGUGGCCGUGGUGUACCUCCGAUGCCUCCUUUCCCCGGCGCUCCAAAUCUGCCCAUGCCCCCGGGCGGUCUCCCAUUUCCUCCACCAGGUGGCUUCCCUCCUUUCCCGCCCGGUCAGCAGGGUGGGCCGCCGCUGCCGCACGGUUUCCCUGGGAUGCCACCUCCUGGCCCAGGGUUUGGAGGACCGCCACCUCCCGGGUUUGCGCAGGGUCCCCCCCCUGGCCACGAUAGGCGAUAG